AUGGGAGAACUUUCGAGGAAGGUAAGUCUGGCCCAGGGGGAAGGAGCUUUCGGACUCGUGGGGAACAUGUCGGAGGUGGCGUGGAUCGACCAGGCCUUCGGUGUCGUCCGUGGGAGGCCCGGCGCAACGCGACCGAGGCUGUCAACGUCUGGAGUCUUGGACCCUCACGCCUUCUCGGCAACGAAUUUCAUCUACUUCGUGGAUGAUGACGAAGUACUGACCGUCAACGAGGACCCGAUCGACCCGUAUCAAAGACCUUCCUUUUCCAGGUCCCUGGUAUUGACCGAGGCAUACUUCCACGCUCUUCAGGACGCUUUUCCCUUUGUUGUUCACGAUGACUUCCUGAGCAACUUAUUCAACGUGUCUACGCAGCAUUCUUGGACAGGACGGAGGUUGUUGGCAAAAGCCAACAUGAUGUGGGCCAUUGGAUCGAAAUGGCUCGAGAUGACUGGCAUGAACGGUGAAGCCCCUAGGGACACUCACCAGCACUAUUAUGCCAGGGCCCGAGCUCUAGGUCUUGAUCAUAGGGCGGUCUUUGAUCAUCCGAAUAUCGAUCAGGUGCAGGGAAUGGGACUACUCGUGCUCUAUCUACUUUUCAAUGGCUCUGUUACCAGAGCCUGGAUCACGCUGGGAUGCGCCACGCGACACGCCACCGCGUUGGGGUUGCAUCUACGAGUGACCGAUCCCAGUGUCAGUGACGAAGACCUCCGGAGUCGUGCGCGCACCUGGUAUUCACUCUACAGCCUCGAAGUUCUGAUUUCUGAGAUCACCGGGCGGCCCAAGUCCAUGUCGGUAUCGGAUGUUACAGUCCCGAUAGAUCUCCUCGAACGUGGCAAUCUCGACUACUCUCCCCCAUCGCCAGUCACCUCGCAGAUUGGAGACUCCAUCCUGCUGGAAAUCUCCAGAAAGACGUGGCUGGAACAUCUGGAUCUCAUGCAAAACACAUCAUCCCUUGAGGUGAAGGUCGGCGAGCUUGGGCAAGAAGCUGCUUCUCCCGACUACGCCAUUCCGAACGCCUACCUCCCUCAGCGAUUGUGCCUAUGUCUAUUGAGCGACAAAAUUGCGCGUCAAUUGUACAGCGGCACCAACGAUGACACCUGGGUCGGUCUCCAACGUAAGAUUCAUGGUCUGGAAGACGAAAUGCAGCAUUGGUUCGAGAAUCUUCCCGAGAACUUGUACUUGGUAUCCCGAGGACGUCAAUCCAGAAACUUGCGCGCUCGAAUCGAGCUGGCCAUGUACUACCGUAGCCUACAGAUGAUUCUAUACCGGCCGUGCCUGUGUGCAAACAGCGUCGAGGUCGAAGCCGUCGAGUCGCGCGAGUUCAACCACCGUUCAGCUCGGGCCUGUGUCCUUGGCGCCAUGUCGAUGCUGGCUCUGUUGCCUGACGACCCGACCAUCACGGAGAUCUACCGACGGCUGCCCUGGUGGUCGUUGCUGCAUUUCGUGGCGCAGGCGAGCGCCGUGUUGCACCUGGAGCUGGCCAUUGACGCCCAACAUUUUGAGGGCGAGGUGAACCAGCUUGUCGAGUCUGUCACAAAGGCCAUGCAGUAUUUGCACUGCAUGGCCGGAGCAUCACUGUCGGCGUACCGGGCAUGGAACAUUUUUCGGACCUUGUUGACCGAGGUGUCUCGUCGCUACCACAACAUGGAUUUGAGUGGUGUGGCUCAAGACGCGCCGCGGCCUCCCGGCUGGACAGAAGAGCUUGACAAAGUAGUCAGUGGGUAUUGA